AUGGCAAGCGGAGAGUCAGAACGCGAAGGUCGCGACGUGCGGAAUCACAUCCUCUUUGAGAUCUCCACCGAGGUCGCCCAUCGAGUUGGUGGCAUUUACUCAGUCAUCAAAUCCAAGGCGCCAGUGACCACAGCAGAGUAUGGCGACCGCUACACCCUCCUUGGUCCCCUCAACCACCAGUCGGCGGCUGUUGAGGUCGAGACCAUUGAGCCGACCGUCCCGGAGCUUGCUGAGACCAUCCAAGCGAUGAGGGAUCGCGGCAUUGGCAUAGUCUAUGGCCGUUGGCUGGUUGAGGGCGCACCAAGAGUGCUCCUUUUCGACACCAAGACUGCCUACAAUUACCUGAACGAGUGGAAGGCCGAUCUCUGGAACGUUGCUUCCAUCCCUUCUCCCGACAACGACGAGGAAACUAAUGAGGCCAUCGUCUUCGGUUAUCUCGUUGCUUGGUUCCUUGGAGAGCUGCAGUUCGUCUGCCAUGAGAAGAAGAGGGCAGUCAUUGCGCACUUCCACGAGUGGCUUGCCGGUGUUGCGCUGCCUCUGAUCAGGAAGCGUGCCAUUGAUGUGACCACCAUCUUCACAACUCAUGCAACACUGCUGGGUCGGUAUCUGUGCGCCGGCUCUGUCGACUUCUACAACAACCUGCAAUACUUCGACGUUGAUGCUGAGGCCGGCAAGCGCGGUAUCUACCACAGGUACUGCAUCGAGAGGGCGGCGGCCCACACGUGUGACGUCUUCACCACCGUCUCCCACAUCACUGCCUAUGAAAGCGAGCACCUGCUCAAGCGCAAGCCUGACGGUGUCUUGCCUAACGGGCUGAAUGUCACCAAAUUUGCCGCUGUCCACGAGUUCCAGAACCUGCACCAGAAGUCCAAGGAGAAGAUCCACGACUUCGUUCGCGGCCACUUCUACGGCCACUACGACUUCGAUCCAGAGAACACGCUCUACUUCUUCACGGCAGGCCGCUAUGAGUUCCGCAAUAAGGGUGUCGACAUGUUCAUUGAGUCCCUUGCUCGCCUAAAUCACCGGCUCAAGACCUCCAACAGCAAGAUGACCGUUGUUGCUUUCAUCAUCAUGCCCGCUCAGACACACUCGCUGACGGUCGAGGCUCUGAAGGGCCAGGCUGUCAUCAAGUCCCUUCGGGAUACUGUGGACACAAUUGAGAAGAAUAUCGGUCGUCGCAUCUUCGAGCGGUCCCUGAAGUGGAAGGAGGGCGAUCCCAUGCCGGAUGAUAAGGAACUUCUCUCGAGCCAGGAUCGUGUGCUGCUGCGCAGGCGUCUGUUCGCCAUGAAGAGGCACGGGCUGCCGCCAAUUGUCACACACAACAUGGUUAAUGACCAUGACGACCCGAUCCUGAACCAGAUCCGCAGAGUACAGCUGUUCAACCAUCCCAGCGACCGCGUCAAGGUUAUCUUCCAUCCCGAGUUCCUGAACUCGUCCAGCCCGAUCCUGCCGCUCGAUUAUGACGACUUUGUCCGCGGUACUCACCUCGGCGUCUUCGCGUCCUACUAUGAGCCGUGGGGCUACACACCGGCUGAAUGCACUGUCAUGGGUGUUCCCAGCAUCACCACCAACCUUUCUGGUUUCGGCUGCUACAUGGAAGAGCUGAUCGAGAAUUCGAGCGACUAUGGCAUCUACAUCGUCGAUCGUCGUACCAAGGGUGUCGAAGAUUCGGUCAAUCAGCUUACCCAGUACAUGUUUGAGUUCACGCAGAAGAGCCGCCGUCAGCGCAUCAACCAGCGCAACCGGACUGAGCGUCUGAGUGACCUUCUUGACUGGAAGCGCAUGGGUCUCGAGUACGUCAAAGCUCGUCAGCUGGCCCUCAGGAGGGCUUAUCCGAACUCGUUCGUUGGUGACGAGGAGGAGGACUUCAUCCCGGGUGUCGAGCAGAAGAUCUCGCGGCCAUUCUCGGUGCCUGGCUCUCCUAGGGAUAGGACCGGCAUGAUGACCCCCGGUGACUUUGCCAGUCUCCAGGAGGGUCGUGAGGGCCUGAACACCGAGGAUUAUGUUGCUUGGAAGCUCCCUGAGGAAGAAGACCCCUAUGAGUACCCGUUCCCGCUCACGCUACGGACGAAGCGUGCUGGUGGGAGCCCCAACGGCAGCAGCCACAACGGAAACUAA